CCGCGCAUGCGCCCCAAAGGCCGGGAAACAAAUUAGGUUUGCGGUUGAGGGACUUUUUUGUUUCUUCCUUCUUCUUCAGCUGUUUCGUUUGUGGUGGAAACGCUCGGAGGGAGAGGGCGGAAGGAAGGGAGGAGACUCCGCGAGCUGAGAGAAAUUUCCGUUGUCCGUUUCUCCCUUUUUUUAGUAUGCGGGGCCGACCCACUCGGGCUCUGGGCCCAUUCGGCGGUUCUUGCCUCCCCCGUGUAACAACCCCCCCGCUCAGUAUAUAGAGGCAGGAGGCGCUCGGUCGGGACUUUUAAGUCAGUCUGAGAGGGCUCGUUGGUCUUGGUAACCUGAAAGGCAUUGUGCUUAUCACACAUUACAUUUACUGUUUCUCCUUGUGAACCCAACAUUGCAAUAUGGGUGCCUAAGCCCCUUAAAAGGGACUAGAGUCUGAAGUCUGGGAGAUAGUGUUGUGCAUAAUACUAAAAUUAAUUUUGGCUGUUUCCAGAUCUUCUUCUACAUAGUAGGCAUGACUUGUCAAAAUAUUUUAGUUAAUAAGUAUAAAAGAUUGCAGUUUUCUGCUACCAAGCACUAUAAUUAUGUUAAAAGCAAUAAACAUUUAAUAAUAUUAAAGCAGCCUGGUUAAAAUUGUGCUGUAAAACUUCAGUGACAACAUAAGGAAAGAAAAUUAUCAAAAGCUGUUUUAAAGCUUCUUGGUGUCCAGGGCGAGUUCAUAUUGAUUGGUAGAGGUCACCUUUACCUUAAUAGUUCCAUAGCUCUAUUGAUGCAUUUGAGGGGAAAACCCCUUAGUAUCUCCUUGACAAGAAUUACUGAAAACUACAUGUUUAGGGAGCAGAUGAUUCUGUGGACCAUAGGGAGAAUGUUCAAAACAUACACACCUGACUUAAGUUGACUUUUUAAAAAGAAAAGAAAAAGCUUCUCAGCAUAUGUAACAAACUAAAAGCAAUGAAAUCAUACGCAAGCAUAAAAAACCUACUUUUUCUUAAUAUUCUAGAUGGUCUUGCACUUUUAUUUUCUGAUAUUCAUAACAGGAUUUGGAAUCCAACAUUAAAACCUGAUCCCUAAGCUGGUAUACUUGGACAUCCUUUGAUUCCAGUGGGCCACAUGUCCAAGUUUAUAUGCUUAGGAAUGAAUGCUUAAUUUCUUCAUGCCACUUUAUUUUAAGGCUUCAUUCCUUCUGUCCUUAUAAGAAUGGAAAUGUUAGCACUCAUAAGGAAAAAGGAACUGGAGUAUUUUGAAGAAGAGUGCAUUGUGGAAAAGGGAACAAAUUCUUAGUCAAAAGGAUGAAAUUACUGAAUUAAUGAGAUUUUAAAUUGGGUGUUUUAAAAAAAUUUGCAUGUAAUGUUUUACUUUCAGGUUUUUAUUUUAUUAUGGCCUGGAAGUUAAUCACACUUGCACAAAACUAUCUCCCAGGCUUCAGACUUGUCCCAUGCUCAUAUCUUAUUUCAUCGUCAUGAACAUAUUUGACUCAUUCCUGUCCAAACUGAGGAAGAGCAGUGAUGUGAAUGAACUGACAUAUGACCUGUCAUGUGAACUCUACAGGAUGUCCACUUUUUCGACAUUUCCUCUGAAUGUACCUGUAUCUGAAAGGAGUCUUGCCCGUGCUGGUUUCUAUUACACUGGAGUGAAAGAUAAAGUAAAAUGUUUUAGUUGUGGCUUGAUGUUGGAUAACUGGAAAAAAGGUGACAAUGCUCUGGACAAGCACAGGCAACUCUAUCCUAGCUGCAACUUUGUUCAGAGUUUGACUUCACUUAACAAUCUUGGCUCAUCACUCAAUUCUGCCUUUUCACCUCCAACUACCUUUGGCCUUUCUUCUUCACAUUCCCCAACACAAGUACCAAGUAUGGAUCAAGUUGGCUAUUUCAGCGGAAGCUUUUCAAGUUUUCCCCAUGUUCCAGUCGCAUCCAGGGCAGUUGAAGAUCUAUCUCAUUUGAGACCUAAAACUGUCAAUUGUUCAAUGAGUACAGAAGAAGUCAGACUGCGAACUUUUGUGUCAUGGCCCUUGACAUUUCUGUCACCAUCUUCUUUAGCAAAAGCUGGGUUUUAUUACAUUGGGCCUGCAGACAAGGUGGCUUGUUUUGCCUGUGGUGGUCAACUGAGUAACUGGGAACCAAAGGAUAAUGCCAUGUCAGAACAUCGGAGACACUUUCCAAACUGCCCUUUUGUGGAACAAACGCGUGACCAGAGCAGUUUCACGGUCUCUAAUAUGAGUAUGCAAACCUAUGUGGCACGUGUCAGCACUUUCAAAAACUGGCCGGUUACUGUUCCAGUUCAGCCACAGCAGCUUGCAGAUGCUGGCUUCUAUUAUGUAGGUCGCAAUGAUGAUGUCAAAUGUUUCUGCUGUGAUGGUGGACUCAGGUGUUGGGAGUCUGGAGAUGACCCAUGGGUAGAACAUGCUAAAUGGUUUCCAAGGUGUGAGUACCUGAUUCAUAUGAGAGGGCAAGAAUUUGUCCAUCAAGUUCAACUAAGAUUCCCACAUCUUCUUGAACAGCUAUUAUCCACUUCAGAUACACCUGUGGAUGAAAAUGCUGAUCCAAUUAUUCAUUUUGAACCUGGUGAAAAUGCUUCAGAAGAUACAGUCAUGAUGAAAACCCCUGUAGUUGAAGCUGCCUUGGAGAUGGGAUUCAGCAGAAGACUAGUCAAGCAAACUGUUCAGAGUAAAAUCUUAGCAACUGGAGAGAAUUACAAAACUGUAAAUGAUCUUGUGUCUGACCUCAUAGCUGCAGCAGAUGAGAAGAAUGAAGAAGAGAAGGAGGUGCAGUUGGAGGAAGUGACAUCAGAUCUGUCCUUAAUCAGAAAGAACCGAAAUGCAUUGUUUCAGCGCUUGACAUGCGUGCAUCCUAUCCUGGAAAGUUUAUUAACAUUCAAAGUAAUAACUGACCUUGAAUACCAUGUUAUUAAACAAAAAACCCAGACGCCUCUCCAAGCAAGAGAACUGAUUGAUACCAUCUUGGUGAAAGGAAACACAGCUGCAAACAUAUUCAGAAACUGUUUACAAGAAUGUGAUCCUGUGUUAUACAAAGACUUGUUUGUGGAGAAGAGUAUGACAUAUAUUCCAGCAGAAGAUGUUUCAGGCCUUCCCAUGGAAGAACAGUUGAGACGACUACAAGAGGAAAGAACAUGCAAAGUUUGCAUGGACAAGGAAGUGUCCAUUGUCUUCAUCCCAUGUGGCCACUUAGUGGUGUGUAAAGAUUGUGCCCCUUCCCUUAGAAAAUGCCCUAUAUGCAGAGGGACAAUAAAAGGUACUGUACGGACAUUUCUUUCAUGAAGGACAUAAAGCGUAAUAUUUGUUCAGCCAGAUUUUUUUUGUAGUUUUGCUCAAUGCUCAGGGCUAGCUCAAUACAUCUUGCUGUCUAAAAUAGCUGCAAAACACAAUCCAGGCAGUGCUGCCUAGGGUCCCUGUGAGACAGAGCAAGAAGUCCUAGGGCACACCUUUGGGGUCAAUUAUUGUGCCUGAAAUGAGUGCCUGGAUUGCUAGUCUAGGCAGGCCAGCCCUAUCACACUAGCUCAAUAGUGCCUGGGAACCAAAUGUUACUGAAGUUGAGGGUGAUCAACCUUGCAGAGUUUGUUAUAGUUAAUGAUUCAUAAAAGUAGUUAAUGAUUUAUUAACCCUUUUGGAAAGUUUUAUGGAGAUGCUGACCUUCUGUAUAUUUCUCAUUAUCCAAAAUAUAUUUUAUAUAGACCAGGUAUGAAGAACCUAUGGCUCUCUCAGAUAUUGUUAGGACUGCAGUUUCCACCAAUCCUUGACCAUAAGAUAUGCCGGCUAAGACCCUUGGGGAGCUGGAGUCCAGUAGCAUCUGGUGAGCCACAGGUUCCCCAUCCCUGAAUUAUUAUAAAUAAAAGUUUGAUGUGGCUGAAACGUCUGUGCAGGAACUGUUCUAGUUUUUUGCUCUUAUUGGUUGUAGAACAAAUGAUAUACUGCCAAAAUGUAAUGUAAAACACUGGCGUUAUCUCUGUGUACUGUAAUAAGUUAAAAAGAUGUAUUUGUGAAACAAACAAACUUACUCAUAAAAAUCCUUCAAGAAAAGCUGUUGGAAUUUAUUUUCAGGCUGAAUUUGAGACUUUCUGUAUUACAGUGAUUAAAGGGAAGAUGCCCUUUUAGAAACUGGUACUUCUCAGUUUUUUAGCCCACACAUGCUUUCAGGGAGUAGGGAGGAGAGGUUUGCUCUUUAAAGUAGCUUGCUUUCCAGUACAAAUGCCUGCCUGUAUUAUAAAUAUUUUCAUGCAUUUUGUAAUACGAAGUACGGUAGGAUGCAGCUCACAAAUAUUUACUUUUUUUAAAACUGUAAUUGGUCUCUACAGUGCCCCCAGCCUUGCGUUGCCUUUAUUUCAGAUAUUUGCAUCCAAUAUUGUUAGUCUUACUCUUUGAUAAUAAAGAUCAUUUAAAUACAG